AUGAUCUUCGGCGGUCUAGAAAUUGUUGCUGGAGGUUACCUGAUCCAUAGGCAUUAUAAGCGCAAGGACGCGAAGAAGAGGCAGGAAGAUGAGCUCGAGGCGCGGCGUCACAACACGUUCCCGGGUGCAGGAAAGUCUCCGAGUCACCUCCAGCAGCAACAGUACCAGCAGCGCCCUGCCGUAGCGCCGCAGAAGUAUGCCUGCUAUGGGACUCCGCAACCCCAAGUACAACAGCAGAGCCCAUAUCCGGCUCAGCCUCACGUGCAGCCUCGUCCAGGCCCGCCCCAGCACGCCCAAACCUUCAACAUCCCCCGCCGUCCCGUGCCCGAGCGAAAGCAGCCGCAGAUCAUCAUCGAGCCGUCACUGCAACGCACCGACUCAUUCGCGACGCUCUCUCGCAUGCCCGUCGCAAACGGAUACCGCCCCCACGACGUCCCCGAAGAUCCUCCGAUCGUACCGCCUCGACGACACGCAUCUGGCGGAUUGUCCCCCGCUACAGCAACACAACACGGAGUAUAUGGCAAUGCAGGCUUCUCUGUCUCGACGCCAGCUUUUGGCGCCACGGCGACCUCCCCGGGUGGCUUGACAUACACCAUGGGCACGGCUGAAGAGGCCUAUGGGGCUCAUUCGGUAGACGAUAAUUGGGAGGCGUAUGGGUAUUCUGGCACGGCGCGGCCACACUAUGCUCCCACGGAGGCGUCUACACAGCUCGGAGAGCGGGACCCGCCGCCUCCAUAUACUCCGUGA